AUGGAUCAGAGGGCGGCUCCAGUUUCCCCGCCUGGAGUCAGUGAUGUACGUGGGGGCCGCUAUUCUUCUCGCCGGGAUGGCCGCCAGCGCGAUGUCUUCCCGAUUCCUCUUCUCCCUGAUCCUGUUUCUUCCUCCAUUGAGCUUCAGAGCACGAAGACCCUUUCUCGGACAGCAGCUCGGCGGGUACACCGCCGCCAUCAUAGGCUUGACAUGGUGAAUGAGAUAGUCGUGACUCUCAACGACAUGUACCUAGGUGGUAGUGGACAUGACGACCUUCCGCGUCGUGCCGCUGGAGAUCCGCUGCUUGCUGCCCAUGUCGAGGUACACCGGGAGCUGGAAGAUGCGGUUCGACGCUUCGGAGAGCCUCCGCUGGAUCUCGACGGCCCAGGAGCCCUUGCGGAGCUUCGGGUGUCCCAGGCGUACCACGGGGAGGCCGUGGCCAUCGCCCCGGUUGGCUUCGACAACGUCGACCGCAUUUCCCUGCCUGCCGCUACGACCUCUCCGCAGACGUUAGAGCACUUGGCUGGGGAUGUGGGCCGGAAGAUCGCUGACCGUUUACAAGAUUUGUUGUUACCCCGAGAACAGGGGUUGGACCGUAUCCAUACUGAGGGACCGCGUCGGCUAUACGUUGAUCCCAACCUUCGUAACCCUAAGUUGCAUCAGCGGGUGCUUCAGCGGCUGGUGGACUCUAACUUGGUGAGUUUCCAGCUGGACUGCGAGCGCUCGGUCGGGCUCUUUUUCGUUCACAAGAAAAAUGGCGAUCUACGGAUGAUCCUAGAUGGCCGCUACUCGUCAUUGCGCUUCGCCGAGGCCGACAAGGUUGAGUUGGCCUCCGGCGGAGCUUUCAGCCAGAUCGCCGUAGACGGGGAUGACCCCAUCGCCGUGGCCGGCGUGGACAUCGCCGAUGCCUUCUACAACAUCCUGUUGCCUCCAUGGCUGCAAAAAUACUUCGGCCUCCCGCCCGUCAGAGCAGGCGACUUCAAUCUCUCUCAUGUUGUCGAGGGUAUUCCUGUGCUUCCCUCGCAAAAGGUGGUCCCAUGCUUUCGUUGCCCGCCCAUGGGUUGGAGCGUGAGUCUUUGGAUCUGUCAGACCUUGAAUGAGCACAUCAGCUCCCUUGUCCCAGACAUCAGUACACAUAACCUCCUUGUUGAUCGCAGGCCAGCCCCGAGUUUGAGCAACGAUUUCAUACACACUGAGUACGUUGACAACUUCGUCUCAUUGUCACGGUCUGUGGAGCGUGCAGGCGACAUCGCCAGGGCCGUGGGCCGCGAACUGAAUCGAGUCGGGUUGCCUACGCACGAGGUCGAGGAGGGGGUAGGUGGUCAGACUUUGGGCUGGGAGUUUGGCUCGAAUGAUGCGGUCAUCGGGUUGAAUCCUCGUCUACGCUGGAGGUUACGUCUUGGCAUCCAGGAGAUCUUGAGGCAGGGCCGCUGUACUGGGGACGCGCUCCGGAGGGUCAUAUCGCACUAUACCUCUCGGGGCCUCAUCAGGCGGGAGCUUCUGAGCGCUCUGAGUGCCGUGUACUCGUUCAUCCGCGUCGUCGAGUUGUCGUCCUUCAACGAGCGAUGGAGGUUUGGGCGAGACAACGAGAAGUCGAUGCCUCCCCGAGCCUUCGACAUCGGCACGUGGGAGGAUGAGACCGAGGAGACCAAGGCGAGUGCGGGGUUCGGCGAGCCCCACCAUGUCCUGAAGGCCUCGCACGGCCUGUUGUUCGAGGAGCCCAUCAAGGUCUUCCCGAAGCCUCCGGAGGCCAAGUUCAGGAGCGUCUCGAAGGAGGUCUGGGGUGGUGUCUGGAAGCGUGUCCUUUCGAAGCCUUGGGGGCGCGAGGAGCCCCAGGUCAUCUUGGAAGGCAGGGCUCUGUAUGCCGUCAGGUGGCAGCGUUGGCUCUGUGCAGUGGCUGUGGCGUUGUCUGGCGCUGGGUACCUUCCGAGCACAACAGUGCUGACGCAGCCUCGCGUAAUCGACCUGGCCUUACAGCUGAGGCGGAUCGCGCAGCCGCUGGAGAUGCCAGGCGCAGCAGCCCUUGUUCAGGGCUACAGCCGGGACAUCGUCCCGAGGCCCGGAGCGGGUCGCUCGUUUCUGGAGCAGGAGUCGGUGUCUGCCGCCACCCGCCGGGACUACCAGAGGAGAGCUCACGACUUUUACCUCUGGGCGGAGCACUCGCGCUUGGUGACGGUGACCGAGGAGCAACUGGACGAGACCCUGGUGAUCUACUUCCACGAGCAGUUCUUGGAGGGGGGCGAGAGCACGGACGCGUGGAACCUGUUUGCGUCGCUGGCCUUCGAGGGCCGCCACCUGGGCUUGAAGUGCAGCAAUCUGCCGCGUGCGACCCGAGCUGCGCGAGGAUGGCGCAAGCUGGCUCCACCUCGGUCGAGGCUCCCGCUGCCGUGGGCUGCCUGCUGCCUUGUCAUCCGCCAGCUCAUCCAGGCCGGACAGCGAGUGCUUGCGGAGCUCACGGCCGUGGCCUUCGCCCUGUACCUGAGGCCUUCGGAAGCGCUCUCCCUGACUACCAACAGCCUGGUGCCCCCGUCGGUGCUUCAUGGAGGCCCACGCGGGGCCUGGAGCGUGAUGCUUCAUCCAAGGGAAGCCCGGGUGUCCAGCAAGACGGGGGUGUACGACGACUCGCUGCUGGUAGACAGCCCCGCCUUUCCUUGGCUGCCCGGUCUUUUCCAAAAGCUGCUGCGCGAGCGUCCCAAGAACAGCCCUCUCUUCCCCGUAACGUACAGCGAGUGGAACGCCAAGUUCGCCGCCGCAGCCAGGGACAGUGGUCUUCAGCCGUUGCUGCCACUGACCCUUCACCAGCUCAGGCACGGAGGAGCGAGCCACGAGCUGCUGGUCCGGGCCCACACCCAGGACGAGGUGAAAAAGAGAGGUCGUUGGGCCACAGAUCAGGCCGUGAGGCGGUACGCCAAAGGAGGACGGAUUCAAGAACAGUUGAACAUGCUCCCACACCACAUUCAAGGCACCGCGAAGCGAAGCCUCGAUACGAUUGGCGCCGUCCUCUGCGCGACCUAGCUCGUUUUGUGAACGAAUCUGGGCAGCAAGUCAUGUUAGAAGUCUUCAGUGGGAGCGGCAACCUUUCUCGGUCGCUUCGGUUAGUCCUGAGGGGGACCGCCUGCUUCGAGCUCGACAUUGUUCAUGACGCCGCUGCCGAUGUUUUGUCUGGUAG